CGUUAUCGAUAUGAGCGAGAUUUAGGCCCUGCCCUCGUGUCCACCAUUUUAUAGUGAGAAUAAUGGAGUUGUUUCAUGUUCAACGAUUUUACGGUGAUGACGAUGAAUUUGGCUUUCAAAGAAACCCAGAAAAAGAAAAAGAAAGGCUUGAAGAACUAAGGAAAAAGAUUGAAAAGAAGAAAACAGAAAACUUGGUUGCGAAAAACUAUAGUGACAAGUGCGAGACCCCUCGAAGUCGGACAGAAGUGAAAACAAAUGAGCACGAUGAUAACGCAAAAACAGUCGUCGAGAGGACGAAGAAAAGUACAAAUAAAAAGAGAAUAAAAGAACAUGUUGAUUCUAAAGUCGGUAUACAAGGAUUUCUUUAUGAGAAGGAAAGUGGAAUCGAAGGUGCGCAUAUUUUGGAAGAGGGGAGUCCGAGAAAAAAGAGAAAGAAGAAAUCGAUUGAACAUGACAGCCAUCGUGAAAAGCUCUCAAAAGGCUUAGGUAAACGAGAACCGGUGGAAGCAGAUGGAAAUGAUUGUCUUGCAAACAAGGAAGAACAGGAAAACAUUUCGAACGCUGAUUUGUCGUUGGAUGCAGAAAAAUUACACAAGGAUUCUAGUCCUGUGAUGGACAAUAAUAAAGUAGAUAUUGAAACUGAUCCUAUUGACAGCAUAGAUAAUUUCAAUGCGAAUGGGGAGCCCCAGACAUUGAAAAAUCAGAAAAUUAUUAUCCUAUAUUGGGAUCGUUAAAGAAGAAGAAAAAUAAGCCAUCUGUGAAGAGGAUGUUACCAAAAUGGAUUGCACAACCUAAAGAAAUUUUUUCACAGAAGACUAAUGAACAGGUUUCAGUCAAGGAAUGCACUUAUUUAAAAGAAUUCUCCAAAAAAAAUCUUGAACUACUCAGAAUUAACCAUCUCUUUCCAGUGCAGUCAAAUGUUAUUCCAUACAUUUUGUCUCAAAAUUGUAAAGGAUCAAUUUUUGGAAAGGCAGGAUUGCAGCCUUCUGAUAUUUGUGUCUCAGCACCUACAGGUAGCGGAAAAACUCUUGCAUAUGCAGUCCCAAUUGUUCAAGUUAUUCAUCAUUGUUUAUUCAGGCGUUUACAAGCAUUGGUAGUUUUGCCUAGCAAAGACCUAGCUUCACAAGUGAAGACUGUUUUCUCUAAACUUGUAGCAGGAACGCAUCUGAAAAUUGGUCUUGCAUCAGGUGUAAAGAGUUUUCAUGAUGAGCAGCAGCUUCUUGUCUCUGUUGGGCAGCAUGGCUUUGUGAGCAAUGUUGAUAUUCUUGUUUCAACGCCGGGGCGACUAGUUGAUCACAUUACAUCAACAGAUGGCUUCUCUUUACAACAUAUUCGUUUCUUGGUGAUUGACGAGGCUGAUCGAUUACUUGGUCAAUCAUAUCACAACUGGCUUGAGAAGAUCUUUGAGGCCAUAUUCACUCCAUCAACAUUUGAUUCUUCAAAUAAAAGUACACUGCUUGAAGGAAGAUGUGGAAGAGGACAUCUUGUAGCAUCCAGCAUUGACAGAAAUGAGCUACCAUUGCAAAAACUUUUGUUUUCGGCUACAAUGACACAAAACCCAGAAAAGCUAGGCCCACUGAAUCUCUAUAAUCCUGUAUUUUUCAAAGUUAUGGGAAAGGCAGAGAUUGAAGGCAAAGAUACUUCAAAAGGAUCUGAGGAGACUGAAAGAUACACUUUACCUGAGCUUCUUGAAGAGAAAAUGACAAUUUGUAAGCCUGGAGAAAAGCCACUGCUGGUUGUCUACUUUGUUAAAGUGCUGAACUACAGGCGAAUACUGUGUUUUACUGGAUCUAUUGAAGCAACACACAGGUUGUUUUUGCUCUUAAAGGCAUUCGAUAUCAAAGCAUCAGAAUUUUCAUCAAGCCUCAAUCAGACUCAAAGGAAAGGAACAUUGCGUGAUUUUAAAAUGGGAAAGAUCGACUUGCUUGUCUGCUCUGAUGCAAUGUCCAGAGGGAUGGAUAUUGAAGAUGUCGACUUCGUUAUCAGUUAUGACCCACCAGUGAACAUGAAGACCUACAUCCACAGAGUUGGCAGAACAGCUAGAGCAGGCAACAGAGGGACUGCACUGACACUUCUGUCGUCAAAAGAGGUAUUUCACUUCAAGAAGAUGGCAAUGGACUCAAGCAGGAAGUCAUCAGUUCAGAAAUUGGUUGUGCCAAAGAAUGAUUUGGAACCAUUAAUGGCAGAUUAUCAGAAUGCACUUGCUUCUCUGAAAGAUCUAGUGAAGACUGAAAACCAGCAAAAAUCUUAAUACCCUACCAUGUUAAGCAUAUCAAUAUCAAACUGAAGGCUUAUAGUGAUUUUGUUGGAAAAGGUGUUAUGAUAAAAAAAUUCCUUAUCAAACCUAUUACGGUCUUGGUGACAUGGAGUUUUUCA